CUGCUUCCUCUAUGUUAACACAUACUCUUAUUGUUGGUUGUUUCGACAGAAACAAGAAGUAGGUUUCAUCUGCUCUACAAAAAAUCAUUUACAAAGGCUGGAGGGUUGCUGACUUAGGCUUUGGUUUCAUAACUCACUGUUUGGUUUAAAUACUGUGAAAAGAGUGCAAGGGGGAAAUGGACAAGUGGCUGUUUCUUCAAGUUUUUCUUCUGUUAAAAGGACAUGGUGUGUUUUCCAAAGAAGUAUGCUCAAAGACUGUCAUCCAUUCCUGCAAUGACUGUAUCAGAUCAGGACCAUACUGUGUGUGGUGCAAACAACUGAACUUUACCAAACCAGGGGAGCCAGAAGCAUCUCGUUGUGACACAAAGGCACAGUUAAUUCAGAAAGGAUGCAUGGAUGGCAACAUCAUCUCCCCAAGCAAUGUACUACAAACUGAAGAGAACAAGCCUCUGAUUACAGACUCUGUCCAGCUUAAACCACAGUCGGUCAAGCUGCAGCUCAGACCUGGAAUGCCUCACACCUUUACACUCGAAUUCCAAAGAGUUGAAGGCUACCCAGUUGAUCUUUACUAUCUGAUGGAUCUGUCCUAUUCCAUGGAGGAUGAUCUUAAAGAAGUUAAACUUCUGGGACAGGCCCUCUUUAAAGCUCUGCAGACCAUCACAGGAGAUGGUCAAAUAGGUUUUGGCUCUUUUGUAGACAAAACAGUGCUACCUUUCACAAACACCAACAAAGUGAAGCUACAAAAACCUUGUGAUGAAAAGGAGGUGAACUGUCAGCCAGCGUUUGGAUAUCGUCAUGUUGUCAGUAUGACUAAAAAUAGCUCUGAGUUUAACUCUGAAGUGUCCAAGCAAUUCAUCUCAGGGAACUUGGAUUCUCCUGAGGGAAGCCUUGAUGCUGUAAUGCAGGCUACUGUCUGCGGGGACAAAAUUGGUUGGAGAAAUAGCAGCACUCGGUUGAUAGUACUGGCCACAGAUGCUGGUUUCCACAUGGCAGGGGAUGGCAAGCUGGCUGGCAUACUGGAGCCCAACGAUGAGAAUUGCCACCUGGAGAGUCAUCUGUACGCCAAGAGCAACAAGAUGGACUAUCCAUCUGUUGGUCAAAUAGCGACACAGCUGAAAAAUAACAACAUUCAGCCCAUCUUUGCUGUGACACAGAACAUGAAAGAGGUGUACAUGGAUCUUAGUGCCAUGAUUCCAAAGUCUGAAGUGGGAGUGUUGUCUGAUGACUCCAGAAAUGUAGUAGAAUUGAUUACAAAGGCCUAUGAUAAACUGUCCUCCAAAGUCACUGUGACACAUGGUGAACUUCCUGAAAAUGUAAAGGUCACAUACACCCCCAUCUGCAAGGGUAUUGUGGGAACCCUGGGGGACAAAGGAGCAUGUGAGAACGUGGGGGUGGGACAGUUGAUUAUGUUCAAUGUCACAGUGAUAGCAGAUGCAUGUAUCGAUGAAACAUCGUUUUUUAUUGGUCCCCUUGGCAUCAAAGAUAAGCUGCUAGUCAAAGUAUCAACUCGCUGUGAGUGUACAUGUGACGAUCCACUGGUUAGCAACCACGCACACUGCUCUGGCAAUGGCACGGUCAGCUGUGGCAUAUGCAGCUGCAAAAAUGGAUUUGUGGGGCAAAAGUGUGAAUGCGCCAUUGGUGAAAAGGAUGAAAGCUCUCUGAGGGUGGCAUGCCGGCGCAAUAAUGGCACUGAGUGUGAGGGACGUGGGGAUUGUGUGUGUGGCCAGUGCCAAUGCCAUGCCCAGAAAGGUGGCAGCACAUACCACGGUCAAUUCUGCGAGUGUGAUGACGAGAACUGUGAGAAAUUCCAGAACAAACUGUGCGGAGGUAAUGGGAAGUGCAACUGUGGCAAAUGUGAAUGUAACCCAAAAUAUGAAGGACCUGCCUGUAACUGUAAGAAGUCGGAUGAGCAGUGUCGCACACCAAGUGGAUCUGUAUGCAGUGGCAGGGGCACCUGUAAAUGUAACCAGUGCGAGUGUUUGGAGGGUUAUGAGCGUCCUUUCUGUGUUGUCUGCCACGGUUGCGCCUCCACCUGUCAAACCAAAGGGAAAUGCAUUGAGUGUCUUGGUUUUGGGACAGGCUCCUUCAGUAAGAACUGCUCUAUGGCAUGUAAGGGCCUCCAGUAUGAUAUGGUGAAAGAGUUGAAGGUCAAUAAUCCAUGCAAAGUCAGGGAUGUGGACAGUUGUUGGUUGUCAUUUUCUACUACCCAGCUGGAUGGAAUUGACAACUACACUGCCCAGAUCUUAGACACCAGAGAAUGUCCUGAAUUGCCAAAUAUCUAUGCCAUCAUUGGGGGAUCCAUUGCUGGUGUUGCACUGAUCGGCCUACUACUCCUCUUCCUUAUCAAAGGCCUCAUCUACAUGAAAGACUUGAAGGAGUUUAGGAAGUUUGAAAAUGAGAAGUCGAAAGCCAAAUGGGCAAAGGCUGGUAACCCCCUGUUCAAGAAAGCUACCACCACUGUGGCGAAUCCAACCUUCACUGGAGAAUAAGACCUGACUCCUACACAUCAUUCUAUAUUACAUGUGGUUUAGGUUAACAUUGAUUAACAAUUCUAUUCAUUUUCUCUUACUUAAAUCUUCAGUAUAAUAAUGUUUAUUUCUUACAUGGAUGAAAAUCAAGACAGUUCUGAAUUUCUAUCCUUUUGUAGUAUUUAUCGCAUUUCUGUCAUCCUAUCUACUGUAUAAUGUACAAAAACAUUAUGACUGGUUAUGAUCAAAACCAUUAUGAUCUGCAGUAUGGUAUAAAUCAAGGAAAUGUUCUUCAUUGUUUUAUUUUACAAAUAAAGGGAAUGUUUGAAAUUCCACUCUUAAUUGUGUAGGUGUCUCAAAAAAGAGGAGACAACCUGGAUUCUAUCCCAUGGCACUAGUGGUUUUUGCCAGUAUAAAUAAAGCGUCUUGUUUGUAAGCAGAAA